AUGGCAACAAAAAAAACUCGAGCAACUCAAAGUCCUAAUAGAAAGGCACAAGUACAUCCCCAACAUAGUAUAAAGGAAGAUGUUCCACUUGUUCCGCUUGGAGGUUCACAGCGCACAUCAGUAAUCGAAGUUAAUAAUUUAUCUGGUCCAAAAAAAGAAACUAUUUCUUAUAAUGGUUAUGAAUAUCAAUUGAUACCAGUUGAAAUUCCAAAAGAGGCAGAAAUAGGUCUUGUUGUUGGUCAUAUUGAAGGUCAAAAUUGGGUAUUUAUUGAUGAAAUCCUACCAAAUGGAAUGAUCGAAAUGCAUGGUGUUCUUAAAGAAGGUGAUUAUUUAAUUCAAGUUGGAGUUUAUAGUCUUACCGGAGUCAAUAUCACAAAAGCUUUGUUACUUAUUGAAAGUGCAUAUGAUGAAGGACGAAAUAGUUUAUCAUUUGUUGCUGCUCGUCAAGAAAAAUCGGAUGCUAAAAAAUUACAAGCAAUGGAAUCACAAAAUAAAGACAAAAUAGUUCAUGUAGAACCUCGUAGAGAAUCAAGAGCACGAUCAUUUCUUGAAUAUGAAAAUGAAGAAGAAGAAGAAGUAGAAGAAGAACCAAAAGAACAAAAUAAACAACGUAAUUCAAUAGAAAAAGCUGGUCGAGAUACAACAAAGUUCUAA